CAUCCGUACCCAAAAAUUAACCAAAAAAAAAAAAAGAAAUCCCAUUUAUUUCUCUUGCGGCAUUCUUCUUUCUUCAACGGAAGAAAAGCAAAAAUCAAAAUGGCUUUGAGCUUGUCCUGCCAUGCCACUCUUCAUCUUCAACAUCAAGUGGCUUCCAGAAACAACAGCAACAAGAACCUCAACAAUGUAAGAAGCCUCGUAGAUCGAAUUGGAAUUGCUUCUGUUCAAUCUUCUCCUCUUCAAUCUCUUCGAAAUGGCCACUGGGUUAAGCUUAUCUGCGGUGCUAGUUUCGAGGAUGUGGUUGAUAUCAGGAAUCUCUCUCUUGUUUACACUCUUGCUGGGGUUGAUUGUAUUGAUUGUGCUGCUGAUGCAUCGGUUGUUAGUGCUGUGAAUGAGGGAAUUCAAGCAGCAAGAGGCAUUGUUGGCGUUCGAAGGCCUUGGGUGAUGAUUAGUGUCAAUGAUGACCAAGAUCUUCACUUCCGCAAAGCUGAGUUUGAUCCUGAGAAUUGUCCAAUUGACUGUUCAAGACCUUGUGAAAUUGUUUGCCCUGCUAAUGCAAUCUCACUACAGGAAGAAACAAUGAAAGAACCUUCACAAGUGGCUAGUGUAUCUGGAGUAUUGAAGGGCGGAGUAAUGACAGAGCGCUGUUAUGGUUGUGGCCGUUGCUCUCCAGUCUGCCCAUAUGAUAAAAUAAAUCUAGUCACAUAUGUAAGGGAUGCAGCUACUACUGCAAAGCUUAUUAAACGGGGUGACGUCGAUGCUUUGGAGAUUCACACCAAUGGAAGACAAACCACUCCUUUUCAAGAACUUUGGGAUAAAUUAGGGGACUCAUCCAAAUAUCUAAGACUAGUUGCAGUAAGCCUACCUAAUAUUGGGGAUUUAACAGUAUCUACAAUGAAAACAAUGUUCUCGAUCAUGGAAUCGCAGCUUCAUUGUUUGAACUUAUGGCAGUUGGAUGGACGACCGAUGAGUGGAGAUAUUGGACGAGGCACCACAAGGGAAACAAUUGCUUUUGCUGCCCAGUUAGCUCUUUCCAAUGACUGCCCUCCUGGCUUCCUUCAACUGGCUGGUGGCACAAACUUUCACACUGUUGAUGGCUUGAAGAAAGAGAGACUUUUUCAAUCCACAUCAACUUUAAAGAAUUCGAUGAAUGAAGAGUUAUCAAGUUCAUUGCACGCGUUGAUUGGUGGUAUUGCUUACGGGGGAUAUGCUCGGAAAAUAGUUGGAAGGGUCUUGAGUUCAAUGAAAACACAAAAUGGAGAUGCCAAUAUUGAAGAUUAUCCAGACUAUCUCCUGGCUGCACUUGUGGAAGCAUCGACUUUGGUAGGAACUGUCAAAUGCUAUGAUCCUUCUCUGAUCAGCUCAGCAAAAGUUAACUGAACCUUAAGUUUAUGUAGUUCAUUUCAAACCACAUUUUCGAUAUUCUUGUUAUCGUAGUUGAUGCUUUUAUGUCGACUACUUUGGCAAACAAGUUUGAGAGAUCCUAAGGGAGGAAUUCAAGAGAUCAUUAGAGUCAAAGCCUCGCUCUGAUAAUACAUUGCUGAAAACUUUGUUCCAUGUUCAAGAGAUUAUCUUGAAGAAUACAGAAUUUUAAAUGUAGCUCGAUUAAAUUAUUACAAAUUA